ACAUGUUCGAUGAAAUGUUUGCGAACCUGAGCGAGAAAAGAGCUGCUUGUGGCUUCCUGUGGCAUCAUGCGCAAGUAGGCGCAGAGCAGCUGGCAUCAAUUCAUGGCAGUGGUUUUGCAAGUCCAAUGCGAAUGAACUCAUGCGCCGAACUCUUCUUAUGUGGGACGGAUCGAGGAGGGUGUUUGAGUAAUUACAGAAGCGAACGAUGGAUCCUGUCGGGAUAUUCUUGGAAUUUUCCAAGCGACCGGAUAUAGUGAGAUAGAUAACAGGUGGCUUCUGUCCAUCCCGAGGCCGAUGGCUGCAACGCAUGGCUGUCUGAGGUCGCUUCGUCCUGCUCCCCUCCUCUCCUCCUCCUCAGCCGCAGCAGCAGCAGCACCGAAGCAGCUAUUCCACUAUCCAUGUCCUUCCCGCACUUCACUCCCCAUUUCGAGAAGGGAUGCGCUUCUGAUAUCUGUUCUGCCCCUCGGCUUCAUUGCGCUCCCCCUUCCUUCGCAAGCCAGGGAGAGAAGAGGAAGGAAGGCCAUCGCUCCCGAGGAGUACUCCACCAGCCCUAAUGGUCUGAAGUAUUAUGAUCUUAUUGAGGGGAAGGGCCCGAAAGCUGAGAAAGGUUCCACAGUUCAGGUACAUUUUGACUGCAUCUAUCGAGGAAUUACAGCCAUCUCAAGUCGUGAAUCUAAACUUCUAGCUGGCAAUCGCGUUAUUGCACAGCCUUAUGAAUUUACUGUCGGGUCGCUACCUGGUAAGGAAAGAAAGCGUGAGUUUGUGGAAAAUGCAAAUGGCCUCUAUUCAGCCCAGGCUGCACCAAAACCCCCUCCAGCUCUGUAUUCAAUAACCGAAGGAAUGAAAGUAGGAGGGAAGAGGACUGUGGUCGUUCCUCCCGAGCUCGGUUAUGGAAAAAAAGGAAUGAAUGAAAUACCACCUGAAGCUGAUUUUGAAAUGAAUGUGGAGCUUUUGGAAGUGAUACCUCCAGGAGAAAAGUAAACCAUGUUCUGAAGAGAGCACUGUUUCUUCUAUGUUUUUCCAUAUAUGUAUAUUUUAUGAUUUCUUCAGUACUAAUUUCGUCUUUCAGUGGAAAUAAAGAGCAUCAUUCUGUGUUAGUAAACCUAUUCUUAAGCAAGAGAAAGGUCAAUAUAUCUUUUUUGUUAACCCUGCAAACUAGAAUGUUGAAAUUUUUGCUAGCAAGUUGAGCUACUUCAAUGUUGUACUUCAACAAGAAAUCAGAAAUUUUGGUUUCUAUGACAAUACAUUUCAUAUGUUUGGAGCUA